AUGGACUCGGCAAAAAGGACGACGACGACGACUACGUGCAGUCCGGUGAACGGCUCGAUACUAAACGGUGGCCAGCAUCAACGGCGCUCGAUUCGCGACGAGGAGCUCGCUCGUCUAGAGGCCGAGAUCAAGAAGGCGUACGUGCUCAAGGCGCUGCACGCGCAAUUGGCCGAGCAGGAGGCUGACCGUUUGGCCGCGGAGGCCCAGGCGAGAAUCGAGCACGAGGUGGCGCGUUGUCGGUCCGACGCCGAGCACGAGCAGCGACAGCGGGCUCGAGAACUGGAACUGAAGAAGCGCACGGACGAGCUGAAGCAGACGCUGGAUCGGCAGGUCGAGGAGAAACGUGAGGAGCGAUGUUUGCUAGAGGAGGAGGAGCGCAAGGAGCGCAGGCUGCUGAUGCAGCUCGAUCGAAUUCGCGAGGAGAAGGACCAGAUGGAGAGGUUCAGGAGAAGAGAGGAACUGGCCGAGCAGGAGCUGCUGCAGAGACUGGUGCAGCAGGAGAUUCGCGCCAUAGAGAGGAGCAAGCUGAAGGAACGGGAAGCUCUGGAGGAGCUGAGGAACGAGAACUACGCACGGGAGCUCGGGGAGAGGUCCGAGAAGCUGAAGAAGCUCCAGCUGAAUGCUCGGAAGAGGAGGGAGGAGGCCAUAGAGAAGGUCGCGAAGAUGCUGCUGGAGCUGCAGGCCGAGCGGAGCGAACGCCGCCGUCUCAUGUCGGACCUGAUGCUCGAGGAGGUGAAGAUCGACGUGGAGCUCGAGGCGCGCGAGGCCGAGCUCAGAAGGCGGCAGAAGAUGCGCGACUACGCCGAGGGCCUCCAGGAGCAGAUCCGCUUCGAGGAGGAGUGUCGCAGGCGCUUCCUCGAGCGGGAACGAGAGUUCGCCGAGGCCGUGAUGGUCAAGGUCAUGCAGUCGGAGACCAUGGAGCGGCUCACGGCCGAGGUGAGGAGACGACGCCGACUGGAGUACCGCGAGGAGCUGGAGCGCCUCAUGCGGCAACGGGAGCAAGCCAGACUGGAGGAACUGGCCAGACUUCGCGUCGCCUUCGAGGAGGAGCGCAAGGCGGAACUGGCUGAGAAGGAGGAGGCCAGGAAGGCCAGGCUGAUCCUGCUGGAACAGCACAUGGACAACGUCGCCGAUUUCAUGAGCCGGAAAUCCCUGUACGAGCGGGAGAGGGGCGUCGUCGAGGAGUCGCGCAAGAAGAAGUAG